UUGGUGGAGUGGAAGAGACGGAUCAGAAACAUUUCAUGGAGAAUUCGCUCGUCGACUCUGUGAUCCGAGAGAUGGAACAAGCGUUUGAGCUCACAACAAAGCUUCAGUCGCUCGUUGAGCUUGGCAACUACAGCGAUACACAGAAGGAGUCAGCCAGGAUGGUCUCCCGAGAGCUGCUGCAGACCUGCAAUGCUACACUCUCCAUGUUGAAGUCUCGCAGAACUAAUGUCAAGAUCGAGUAUGGAAGUCAAUACCAGCUCGCUCCCCGUGAGAUUCCCAUCCGAACAGAUCGAAGAACACACAGCUAUCCAAGAAAAGUGGUAACUGCUACACCUUAUAGUGAUGGACACCAAUGGAGAAAAUACGGGGAAAAGAAGAUCAAUGGCUGCAUCUUUCCCAGGAGCUACUACAGAUGCACCUACAGCGAGGAUCAAAGAUGUGAAGCGAAGAAGCAGGUGCAGCAACAGGACCGUGGCGUCCCAUCUUUGUUUCUCGUCAUCUACAAGGAAGAACACACAUGCAAACCUAUGGCAGUGGAAGGCUGCCGAUCAUUCGAACAGCUGCAACUGCCGGGCUGUGGAGAAUACACCUGCAAUACUUCCUUCCCCUUAACUCAAGUUACAGCAUCGACAACUCCUCCACCAGUUGAUUCAUUCUCGCUUCGAUUUGAUGAUUCAGAAGACUCACUAAUGCGCACUGCGGUGAGAAGCAUCACCGAAGGAACCAUUGCAUGGCGCCGGAACGACAAAGGCAGCGUUUCCUGUAGCGAGCUUGCCUCGGCAGACCUGGAGUUCCUCGAGUCCACGGAACCACUGCACCCAAGCUUGUCGGCUGUUCAUGAUGUUGACGACGAAGACCACUCACCAAGAUCACUUGGUUUGGACACGGAUUUCUUCGGAUUCGAUCUUGAUGACAUGGAACUGUUUGGAACUCCGUACUAGGUGAGAAGUAAGGGUCUUCUCGUCUGAUUCAUCCCGAAUUCUGUAGUAAAUUUAGAGAGCGAGAACAGUAGCUUAGUCAAUAUUCAUAGCCAUCAAAGUGUCACGUUGGAUCGAUGACCUUCCUCGAGAAAGGCAUUCUCUUAGUCUUCAUUUAUUUUCUUCUUCGUUUAUCUUCGUUUAUGUUGUUCAAUUUGGUGGGGAACUUCUUCUAUGAUCCA